CAUUAGAGUCUAUAGGCUGUGAUUGGGGGAUGGCAGAGAUCUUUUCCUGCAUUAGAGAUCGUGUUCUGCCCCACAGAGAUAGAAGAGGUUACGUUCUGCAGUACAGGUCCAGAAGACAUGGUGUGCUGGCAUAGAUUAGACAUGACCACAUUCAGGUAUAUGAUAUUGAUAGAAGACCUUAUACCUCAUGAUGGCUUCAGGAAAUAACAAGCCUGGUGUUCUAGGCAAGAAGGCUAUUGGUCCUGGAGAAAUCAAGAAGAUGGAUCCAAUACAGAGGGCAAGACACAUGGCUUAUGAACAACCCAGCAAAUCAAUAGCAGCGUCCCUGGCCGUGACUCAGACCCGACUGAAGGAGCAUGCUCUCAAGUCCAUCUCAGCAUCCAAACAGCGGGUCCUGGACCCACAACAAGAAAUGCAGAAUAAGGUGGUUGGGCAGCUAAAAGCCGCAGAAGCUCACAACCGUAUACGUCUGAUGAGAAUUCGUUUUCAGCACAUGAGGGCCCAGGAAUUAAACAAUCUGAUCUCCUGCCAACCGACUGCCCGUGAUGCCAUCAGACUGGAAGUGUUCUUGCCACCCCGACCACAUACAGACAAGUCCUGUGAUCCUUUACGUUGGCAACAGAGAGAACGAGUAGAAAGCCUCCUGGAGGAUGAUCGAGGACUGAUGACUAACCGCAUCCCCUGAGAGACCUGGUCGGAGCUAGCCCUCAUUAUAUGUAACUCAAGCAGUGUUAUCUAGAUAUAUUCCACCAUAGUCUGUUACCAACUAUACAUCCUGAACCAGCUCCGUAUUAAAGUCACGUUGUGAGUCGUUCUUACCCUGGCAAAUAAGAAAAUCCAUUUAUAGGAAUCAUGCAUGUCUACAUAGCCGUUACUGUUACCAAUAUGCAUCGUGUAUCUCUGGGCUUGAGCGCCACCUACUGCUUCACUUUCUAAUCACAAUUCCUGUCUGAGUUUGUUCCUUCACUGACUGGAUCUCAGUUCCUCCAGACAG